ACCAUCACUCCCGUCUCUGCACAGCGCGGGAGGAGUGCGGGAGCGGCAUGAAGUUACUGCUUUGUGCUUGCUGUGUCCUGGCAGGAUGGUGUCCGGCUGGCGCCCUGGACAGUGGGAUGCUCUACCCGCGGGAGUCGUCCUCCAGGGAGCUGAAGGAUCUCAGCGGCCUCUGGAGCUUCAGAGCCGACUGGUCAGAGCGAAGGGAUGCAGGGUUCGUGGAGCAGUGGUACAGGCGGCCGCUUCGGCAGACAGGGCCAGUGAUGGACAUGCCAGUCCCUGCCAGCUUCAAUGACAUAACUCAAGAUCCAAAGUUGCGGAGAUUUAUUGGCUGGGUGUGGUACGAGAAGGAGGUGCUUCCACCAGCUCGCUGGCUCCUGAGAGAUACUGGGACUCGUAUUGUGCUCCGAAUUGGCAGCGCACACUAUUACUCUAUUGUGUGGGUGAACGGAGUGGAGGUCACUGAGCACGAAGGAGGACACCUCCCUUUUGAAGUGGAGAUCAGUGAGAUCUUGCAUAGGAGCCCCAAAGAGCCCUGCCGCAUCACCAUUGCAAUCAAUAACACUCUGACACCGCACACAUUGCCUCCAGGAACAAUUCAGUAUAUGGAUGAUGAGUCCAGGUAUCCAAAGGGCUACUUUGUUCAAAACACACGAUUUGAUUUCUUCAAUUACGCUGGAAUUCACCGCCCGGUCUUGCUCUACACCACACCUUUGGCCUACAUUGAUGAUAUCACAGUAACCACGGCCUUGAAGGGAAAUGUUGGCCUGGUUCAUUAUUUGGUGUCUGUACGAGGAAGCUCAGACUACUUUUUAUCCCUGACUUUGUAUGACAGUGACCACGUUGCCGUAGCAACAGGAAACGGGUCAGCUGGUGAACUGAAAGUGAUGAAUCCUCUUCUGUGGUGGCCCUACUUGAUGAACGAACAUCCUGGAUACCUCUACUCCUUGAAGAUCAUGCUCUCUGCUGUUGUGGAUGGCUCCAUCUCUGAAGACACCUAUGUGCAGCCAGUUGGUAUCCGAACCAUCUUUGUUGCUCGCAACCAGUUUCUUAUCAAUGGGAAACCAUUCUAUUUUCACGGGGUCAACAAACAUGAAGAUGCUGAUAUCCGUGGCAAGGGCCUAGACUGGCCUCUGAUCAUGAAGGAUUUCAACCUUCUGCGCUGGCUAGGAGCCAAUUCCUUUCGCACCAGCCAUUAUCCGUAUGCUGAGGAGAUCAUGGAGCUCUGUGAUGCUUAUGGCAUCGUCGUGAUUGAUGAGAGCCCAGGAGUGGGCAUGCAUGACAGUCUGAACUUUGGAAACCAGUCCCUGCAACACCACCUUCUUGUGAUGGAAGAGUUGAUCCGGCGGGACAAAAACCGACCCUCCGUUGUGAUGUGGUCAGUGGCCAAUGAGCCAGCAUCAGAGUUGCCUGUGGCUGCUUACUACUUCAAGACAGUGAUAGCCCACACCAAAGCUUUGGACCCCACUCGGCCUGUGACAUUUGUCUCAAAUGCUAAUUACCUCCGAGAUCAGGGGGCACCUUAUGUGGAUGUCAUCUGUGUGAAUAGCUACUUCUCCUGGUACCACGAUGCAGGACACCUGGAAGUGAUCCGGCUGCAGCUGAAGACACAGUUUGAGAACUGGUACACUACUCACCAAAAGCCCAUCAUUCAGAGCGAAUAUGGAGCAGACACCAUCAGCGGCUUUCAUGCUGACCCCCCUCUCAUGUUCUCUGAGGAAUACCAGGCAGCUGUGCUCAAGGAGUAUCAUGCUGUCUUAGACCAAAAGAGGGAGGAGUACGUGAUUGGAGAGCUCAUCUGGAAUUUUGCCGAUUUUAUGACAGAACAAGGAGUGACCCGCGUCAUGGGUAACAAGAAAGGGAUUUUCACGCGCCAACGGCAACCGAAAACCGCUGCCUUCCUUUUGAAAGAAAGAUACUGGAAGAUUGCCAAUGAAUCCAGAUCUCAGAUGCCACCAGCCCCGUGCGGUGGUGCCUGCUUGCCCUAAGCACACUUCUCCAAGUGUGCUCAAUUUUCAUUUCAGAAACUGGAAGAAAAUGCUGCCUUCCCUUGGGGGAAAUGUAAAUAACUGUCAUGUGACUAUGGGACACUGCAAGCAGCUGGUUGCCAAGUACCCAAUGUGAUCAUGUGACUGGGGGCCCCAGAUGUCAGAAUCCAGGUCAUCUUUUUGGGGGAGGGGUCAUCAUAAUUUAGAACAGCCAUUAAGUGACCAGUCAUAAGUUGAGGACUGCCUAAACGGACUAAGCCAUGAUAUGAAGGAUUUCUUUUGUACUUUGCUGUGCUCAUGAAUGCUCUUCUAAAUGAAUUCCUAUUCAAGGAAUGUUUGGCUUUCUAUAAUUUAAAAUAUAAUGGUCUCUUCUCACAGGGAGCCCAUUGUGUGAUGGAGAAAAACAAGCACUCAAGGACUUGGCUCCAAAUAUUUAUGUGCAUAUUCUGAUUUUAAUCUCAAAUAAAAGAUGUGUGUAGUUUCACACAUCUCAGUAUUUCUACAGCUUUACAAAAUAGAUCAAUACUGUUGUAACCAUACUGCAUAUUUGAAGGGAGUUGAUUGCUUUCAGAUCACAAACAUUUCAAAGUGUUUUCCCCCCAUAAGGGCAUUUCCCUCCUUCCUCACAAUGAGUACUCAGCCACAAGAAACAGAAGUUUCAAAAUAACAUGUUUAAAUGAUUUUGAAAGCAUGUAAUCAAGACACAAAUUAAUAUUUGCAAACCUACAUAGGAAUUACACUUAUGUAGAAUUCCACCUACGUAGGGAAACAAGAUUUGGGAGAUUAGCAGAAACAGAAACCUCAUUGUUCAUCCCAAGAUUUUGAUCUUAGUGGCUGGAGUUUACCAUUCCAAUUACCCUACUUUUGCGCCAAACACUACAAUCAGUACCGCAUCCCGCUGCUCUGUGUUGUGCUAGUUUUGCACAUCUGGCAUCCAGAGCAAUUACCAACCACAGAGAGGAUCGUUCCAAAGGUGCUUUUUCAGGAGGCAACUGGACAUUGUUUUUUUCUUUUGAGGACAUUUUGCUUCU